GUACAACCUUAUGGAAGCUAAUAUUAUGGAUAAGCACAAACUGCAUUUUUAUUUAUAAGGACAAACUUAUAGAUAAGUACAACCUAAUUAUGGAGGCUAAUAUUAUGGAUAAGCACAAACUUAUGAAUAAGGAUGAACUUAUCAAUAAGGACGAACCUAGAGAUAAGGACGAACUUAUAAAUAAGGAACACCAUAUCCCAUAUACAUAUGAACAACCUUUCAAAUGGAUAACGACAACAUUUAUAUGAAUAAAAACAAUGCUUUCAUUAAACAAUGCAUUGAUUCAACCCUAUAAAUAUAUAGAUGUGAAUAGUUAUGUGAUAUAUCAUCAAAUAUAUUCUUGUUUCAUUCUAUUAAUUCAUAAUAAUCCACUCUCUAAGUCUCUUCGACAAAUUCAAGCUACUUCUGCCCACCCAUCUCCCUAACCCAAAAAAUCCUCAGAUUUAGCCUCAACCAAAGAAAAUGACGGUCGGCAGCCUCGGCAUGCUGAAACUCUCUUUGCUCCUUAGCCUCAUUUCCAGCGCCACUAACUUUGCCAACGCCGGCGAGCAGAGGGAUAUCGUGACGAAGAAGAGUGGUGGCGCUACUGGAGUAGUGCCCAAGUUCCCGCCAACCUGCAACCGCAUAGAGUGCCCCCGGUACACCGUCGUAGAAACUGGCAACGGAUACGAGAUCCGUCGCUAUAACUCGUCGGUUUGGAUUACCACUGAUCCAAUUCAGGACAUCUCCCUCGUCGACGCCUCCACAACCGGCUUCCUCUCGCUGUUUGAUUACAUCCAAGGCAAGAACAAGUACUCCCAGCCCAUCGAAAUGACUGCCCCAGUCGUCAUCGACGUCCUCCCUAGUGACGGCCCAAUCUGCAAGUCAUCCUUCACGGCAAGCUUCUACGUCCCGGCGAAGAACCAGGCGAACCCACCACCGGCGGCGGGGCUCCACGUGCAGCGGUGGGGUCCUACUUACGUGGCGGUGAGGCAAUUCGGUGGCUUCGUGGCUGACAACAACGUCGGCGUGGAGGCGGCCAACUUGCAGGCCAGCCUUACCGGCACCAAAUGGGCCGACCCCGUUGCGAAAGCUGGAGAUGGUGGCGCCGGGAAGAUUAAGUACAGCGUGGCGCAGUAUAACUCGCCGUUCGAGCAUUCCGGUCGGGUGAAUGAGAUAUGGUUCUCGCUUCAGAUGUAAUUUGUAAUGCUGAAGAUAUAACACAUCAAAUAAUGUUAUCAAACCCAUGCGGCCGGAUCUUUCAACGUUUAUAUAUCAAGACACCUAACACAAUUUUUGGUAUAUGACAAAGGGCAUAAAUCCAGUGUUAUCUACUUAUCUUGAGCACAUUCACGGACCAUUUUUCUAUCACUAUGCAGAGCUCGUAACCAAUUCCGAUCUUUCACCAUACAUCGAUCCGAAGUCGAAUGCUUCGCAGCAUAUGUGGCAUGUUGGUGAUCUU